AUGAUACCAAGUAAUACCGUUAAAGAUGGGAAGAAGGUUGAAACUGGGCUGGUGAUUGCCCAGAAGGAGCCGCUAAAGUCGGAGGACGUCAGCCCCCCAACAACAACAACAAAGAUGACAAGGAGCAUGAGCGUGACAAUGAAGGCAGAGAAGGAUGAUCUGAAGGAGGCUGCCAAGGACACCUUCAAUGUCGUUGUGGACCUCACUCUAGACGGGAAUGUGCGAUGGGCUAGUUCAUCCUGGCAAGAUGUAGUUGGCACCUCCUGCGAGUCCAUUCAAGGGAAAUCAAUCUCGACGAUUCUUUACGGAAACACUGAUUGUUUCCACAGGGCUAUUGAAGCCAUGAAACAAGAUGAUAGCAGAUCGUAUAAGAUACGGUUUUCGGUGAUUGUUGGGCCGUUGUCCGCUUUUGCUCAAGAUCCCGUCACGAAGGCUAUGGCUGCAGAGAAAGAAGGAUUUCGGCCGGAGGAAGUUGAAGAUCUGUGUAUACUCGAGAUGGAGGGACAAGGAAUUCUUGUCUUUGAUCGAGGCGAUGGCCAAGCUAGCCACACAAUGUGGGUCAUAAGGCCUUGGACCGAGCCGAAAGAAAUCACUAUUGAUCUUCCCGCGCCAAUAAUAGAGUCGCUAGGUGUUGGUGCCGGAAUGCUGGCACAGUACCUUAACGCUUUAGCCGAGGACGACCCAGCGACCCAUCCACCACCACUCCCUGUUCUUUGUCGCAUUUGUGAAACCCAGAUCCAGCCUUGGUGGUUCGAAAAACACUCUGAGCUUUGCAUGCUCGAACAUAAAGCCGAGAGCGAAGUACAGUUAGCACAAGAAAACCUAAGUGUCCAGCGUAACGCUAUAGUCAAGGUCCUGGACGCCAUGGAACGAGCUACGUCUUCCAAUAGAUCAUCGGAGCCGAAUACUGUCGAAUACCGUGGGUUUUCGAUUAAGCCUCCCUCAUCAUCUUCGUCUGGAACGAGCUCUCCUGGUGGCCCAUCAAGCAGAAUAAAGGAUGCAACAUCGAGCGUUAAGUCUAAGUUUGGCGUUCGUCGCCCGCAAGUUAGAAUUGUUGAACUGCUGCUCGACCUUUGCGAUACUGCUCUUGAGAUCAGCACCCCUUCGGUUAAGGAAUCUUUAGGGACCGGCGAGGCUGGAGAAUUUCGAACACAGUCGCCAUUAUCAGAGCAACGAAUAGGACAGGUGAUGCAAUGGCAGUCGCCCUCCACAAAUACCCUCGAGCAAGAGCAUGGCCUAGCACUGUUGUGCUCCGACACUGAAAGCUGCUCCAAGGCAAAGGUCGAGGCUGUCCUCCGGCAUCGCAAUACUAUUGAGUACUCUGAGAGGAUCCGCUAUGAAUUUGCUACUUUGGUCCAGGAUAUUAUCGAUGAAGCGAGGAGCAAAGCUAGUGCUCUUGAGGACGAUAUUGAUAUGCAAUCUAUCGAAGGUGAUGUCUCUGAAGGCGAAGAUAUGUCUGAAAGUCAAUUGUCGGGUAGUGCUUAUCUCAGUGGUCUUUCAAAACGUAUCAGCAUCGGAUCCGACCUUCGUAGAGCCCGACGGUAUUCUUCCCCGAGUUCGAGCCCGCUAGAAUGCCUCACACCUCGUUCACAGAUUAGUAUCGGACGGGAAACUAGUCGACGGAGCCGAUUCAGUCUUCAUGCUUCAGCAGCAAUGUCUUAUGAACUUGAAGGCAACGAAAGCGAUGCUAGUGUCAAAUCCUCGAUCAGGGGAGACAUAACCCGAGUAGAUAGUCCUGUUAGUGAACAUGGAUCUAUUUCUCGAUCUGGAACCCGCAGCUCUGUAGAGAGGAAACGCCAGAGUCUAAAUCUUUUGCAACAUGGUGCACGAUCUCCUCACCGACAAGUAUCUCCUGGAAGAGCCAGUGUAGGCACCGCUUCGCCAAUGAAGACAGCAAAGCCCCGACUGUCCGCACUUUUUGAUGGCCAAUUUCCUACUCCUAUUACCUCCCCGCUCUUGUUCACUGGCGACUUCUCUCCUGCGCUUGAGCACGGUCACAGGAGACAAUCGUCCGUUGCCUCAUCCGACGCUGCUACCAAGCCACCGCUCUCUCCCAGACUUACUUCUGCUACGCCUGGCGCACAGAAGGCUGGUACGCCAUCUAUCAAAGACUUCGAAAUUAUUAAGCCGAUUAGCAAAGGUGCCUUCGGUAGCGUUUACUUGUCUAAAAAGAAGUCCACCGGAGAUUACUACGCUAUCAAGGUGCUCAAAAAAGCCGAUAUGAUUGCCAAAAAUCAAGUUACUAACGUUCGUGCGGAACGCGCUAUCAUGAUGGUGCAAGGAGAAAGCGAUUUCGUUGCCAAGCUUUUCUGGACCUUUGCUAGCAAAGAAUACCUCUACCUUGUUAUGGAGUAUCUUAACGGUGGUGAUUGCGCCGCAUUGAUCAAGGCGCUCGGUAACUUAUCCGAAGACUGGGCUAAGAAAUACAUGGCCGAAGUUGUCCUAGGUAUCGAGCAUUUACAUGAUCGUGGCAUCGUUCAUCGUGAUCUGAAACCUGAUAAUCUACUCAUCGACCAGAAAGGGCAUCUCAAACUUACUGAUUUUGGCUUGUCUCGUAUGGGUCUUUUGGGUAGGCAGAAGCGUGCGCUGCAGGGCUCUUCAGAAUCAACACCGGAUCUACUUAAGCAUGGACCCUUCGUUCCUAGACCGACGUCACAGGCUUCGUCUAGGUCGACAUCUUUCGACUUCAAUCCUGGUCAAUCCUCACCAUCAAAUACCCCCGUCAUCUCCCCAGAGCCAGGGUCUCAAAUCGUUGCUCCAUCAUCCUACUUUAGCCUGAGCCGAGAACCUACACGGGAGAACACCUUUAGCAGAGAAACAACGUUGAGUCGAGAAGCAACAUUGAGUCGGGAAGCAACGCUGAGUCGCGAAAACUCGAUCAGGGAAAAAGGAAAGCUGUCACUUGGUCGUAGCGAUAGCGCAGCUAGCGAGGGCUUGGUACCAACGCUUGGUGGGUUUUCGUUGAAUGACCCAGCCAGCUUAUCGAUGGCUGCCCGAAGAUCCUUUUAUCCAAUUGAUGACGACGCUCAAAGCACGAGUAGUGCGUCUAGCGACAUUAGCAACAUCCAUCCCUCGUCACUAUCUGCCUUUGCACAAGCGCCACCAACAUCCUCUCAUUCAAUGAUGCCGCCUCAGCUUGCUCUCUUUGAUCCUGAAGAUAGCAACCGCAAAUUUGUUGGCACGCCUGACUACCUGGCUCCAGAGACUAUUAAUGGAACUGGUCAGGAUGAAAUGAGUGAUUGGUGGUCUGUUGGUUGCAUCCUUUUUGAAUUCCUAUACGGGUAUCCUCCAUUCAUGGCUGAAACUCAUGAGAAAGUCUUCGAUAACAUCUUAAAUCGACGGAUUGACUGGCCAGGUGAUGAUGAAGAUGAAAUCAGUCCAGAAGCCAAGGAUCUCAUAAACAAGUUAUUGUGCAUAGAUCAGGAGAAGAGGCUUGGCGCCCGUGGAGCUGAUGAAAUCAAAAAUCACCCGUUCUUUGCCGACAUCAACUGGGAGCAGAUCCUUCAAGACGAAGCAUCUUUCAUUCCUGACCUCAAAGAUAUCGAAAAUACUGAAUAUUUUGACUCUCGGGGGGCUACAUUGCAAGAAUUCUCAGAGGAUAUGGAGGACCAUACUUCACCCGGCACUACGCCAAGUAACGACUAUUCAGAUCGUCCCCAUGAUGCUGUUCCGAGGGGUCGUCGGGAUCAGAGUAUUGGCAAACGCAACUUGAUGCCGCUACAUAUCCCACCACACGUUCGUGAGAGUGGCGGACGCGGUAGAAGGCUUAGCGAACCGCUCGCAGAUAAUGACUUUGGGCUGUUUCAGUUUAAAAAUCUCCCGGUACUUGACAAGGCAAACAAAGAUCUGAUUCAAAAACUUCGAUCGGAAGCUCUUAAGAAUCAGGCGCCAGCAUCCGCUACCAGUUCAUCUCCGUCACAGUCCGUUGAAGGAAGCCCGGUGCUCGGAAAGGGUGUCUCGAGAACUUUGUCUGCUAGCUCAAGAGGAGGUAAGAGGGCCGUGUCUCCAAGCAACUUGCAUUCGUCCAUAACCUCGCCCCCGAGUCGGGGCUCGCAACCGUCGUCGCCUCUUUUGGUUUCGUUUGCUGCACACCACCCACACCGCAAAACUUCAAAUGCCUCAACGACUAGUACGAGCAGCUUCGCUCUUAAUACGGCCCAUGUUGAUGUUCCCAAAAUUUCGACAAAGAUUGAGGGUCCAUCCCCCAUAACAGACUCAGCUAACGCAUCGCCCACUCGACUACACAAUAUCUCACCAAUUAGAAUCCAGGCGCCCUCAAAAAUGUUCGGGAAAUCUCCCCAGGCUCCGCUCUCACCUCGUAAGGAACAUGGCCUCUCUUCUCAGAAUCGUGGUUUUACUCGGGUUCGGUCGCUUACGGUAGGCUCUCAAGACGGAGAUCCACCAGCAUUCGUCGAUAGUCUCAAACACUACAAACGACAUAGUCAGGUCUUUGAUAUGUCUCCAUCUUCUUCGGAUAAUGAGGAUAGCCGGAGCAGCGCUUUGUUGAGGGUUCAAAGGAGACGCCAAAGCUCACAAAGGAUAUCUACGAUUAGUACUCAAGAGGGGCCGGUUGCCCGACCUCUCGACAUCCUUGUGUGCGAGGAUCAUCCUGUGUCCCGUAUGGUAAUGGAGCGUAUGUUCGAAAAACUACAGUGUCGAACUAUGUCUGUUGAAACUGGCCCCGAGGCCGUACGUUGCGCUAUGAGUGAAGUCAAGUUCGACUUGAUAUUGACCGAAUACAAGCUCCCGCAAAUUAAUGGGGAUGAUCUUGCACGCAUGAUCAAGACAACCAAGAAUGCCAAUAGCAGCACUCCCAUUGUGUGUAUUACGGGUUAUCUUCGCGACCUAAAAGAUCCACAUCACUUUGAUGACUUGAUCGAAAAGCCCGCUACACCGCAAAGUUUGACCGAGGUGAUGGAACGGUUAUGUGCUUGGGUCCCUCCGCAAACUCCCACCAGUCGCAACUCUCCAAUGGUGUUCCCAGUUGACAAGAACAGGCCACCCGUCCCGCCACUCCCGACGAAGAACCUUGAAGUCGAACGUCGCCCAAGCCUAGACCGUAACUACACCUCGCCUUUGCCUAGAACGGGUAGUCUACUAUCUACAAAGAGCUCUCUUGACAAUACAAAAGCUCAAGCAACUGAUAAGCCUAAGAAGGCCCAUAGCGACGAGGCUGUCCCACGGGUCCAGAACCGCUUGGAUACACUAACUCCUCCUCCAUCGUCACUGGGCGAAGAGUUCAUGAUGCAGAAGUUUGAGCUGAGUCAGAAAUCCACGGAACGAGCACGGUCACAGCUUUCUGUGUCAUCCUUAGCUUCACCCCCGCCAACCCCUCCUCGCCCUCCAAUCCCCGACAAAAGUGGGGAUAGAGCAAAGACUACAAAAUCUACUACACCUUCUCCAUUGAAGCAGCUCGAUUUCAUCAAUGCACCCGAGAUCAAGAAACCAACCGUGGUUUCUGGUCCUUCCAUGGAGGUCAAGAUGCCUAUUCCAACAUCUAUUGCUAAGCCAAUAUCCUUAGAAAAACCAGAGAAACCCGUUGAGUCUCAAGUCAAAAUCAUCUCUCGGCAACCAGUCCCGGUUACUGGUGCAUCAUCCUCCUCAGUUGCUCUGGGCAAGAAGAUUGAGCCUCUUAAUCAACCCAAGGUAGCUGAAUUGUCCAAGAAGCCUGCAACUACGAACCAAUCAGCCUCUACAACUAGCGGGCCUGUGACACCUGUCAAGCAGACAGCACCGACCACUCCCACCAAAGCUACUGCACCCGUUACUCCUCUUAAACCUGGAGCUAGCGCACCAAUCAAGGCGCCUGUACUAACCGCACCUGUCAAACCAACCGCACCAGUCACACCGGUCAAAUCAACGGUACCGGUGACGCCUGUCAAAUCAACGGUACCGGUGACGCCUGUCAAAUCUACGAUACCGGUGACGCCUGAGAAAGCGACAGUGCCAGUCACGCCAGUCAAGCCAACUGCGCCAACAACGCCAGUUAAAGCAACUGAGACUGUUGCCAAACCCGCUCUCAACCCUAAACCACUAGCAACACCUGUAACAUUGACGGAGACAACUUCUAGGCCUACAGCUUCUACUACUCAGCCGUUGACGCCAGUUAAACCAAUAGAUACAAGCAAGAAACCUACGGAACCUCAGAAGCUCGCCGUACAGCCAACGUCGCCAGUUGAACUCACUUCAAAACUUAAGAAGACAACUAGUGGAAGUUCCGCUACAAGCUCACAAUCUUCUACCUCGCCGAAGCAAACUCGGUUCCAGUCUCCUCCUCGAGCAGGCCCUACACUGCAAUCUAAUAUUCCGCCUGUUCCACCUGUUCCAACUCUGAAAGGAGACACUUCACGCGGCCCAGCCGCUGGGCAGCUAGGUUCAGCUUCUCUUAUUAGCAAGACGUCAGUAGAAUAUGUGCCAUCACCUUUGUCGCCGAUACCAGCUACACCUAAGACCCCAGUCUUUACAGAACCAACAACACCCAAGGCAGCUUCGGGGGUACCUCCAAAAUCACCAGAGGCUACUAUAUCAAAGGCCACAAUCCCCGCCCCUAAGUCCUCCCCGCCAAAAAUCAAAGCCGAGGAUACGACCCCAAAAAACCCGAAGGCUGUGCUCGAGGCCUCAAGCUCAAAGGGACCUCCACAGCUAAUUGAACCCAUUACACCAAGGGCAACUAAGUUAGCCGCGAAACCGGAGACCCCAACAACUAUCAAACCCGGGAAGAUAGAAUUUGGAAGAAAAUCCCCGUCUCCAGAGAAUGUCCCUAAAUCGCGGUCUUUCCGAAGUCUCCUGACAGGGAAGGCCCCUGAUACGGUAGAUUCUGCUGACGACGAAAUGAGCAGCGAUCCCAACUCGAAGAAGACCUUGAAGACCCCAAAACCGCUAAAAGAGAAACGUAGUCGCGGUUUCCUCGGCGGAGAAUUCAAGAAGAAGUCUGAAGACUCGAAGUAG